GAGGCAACUUCCGGCAGAGCCCCGCCGAGAGCGUGAACUAUCGCUGCGGAGGGGCAGACCUGGACCGGUGGAAGACCGGGCGGAAGUGCGUGCCUGGGGUCGCUUUGGUUAUCGCGUUUUCCGCCCCUCGCUACGUCAUCGUUGUGAGCCCGCUAUCAGCGGCCAGCGCGGGCGCGGCCGGAGACCGUGUGGACCCCGGUUGCCGCCCCCUCAGGAGCCACCAUGUUGGUGAUACCCCCCGGACUGAGCGAGGAAGAGGAGGCUCUGCAGAAGAAAUUCAACAAACUCAAGAAAAAGAAAAAGGCAUUGCUGGCUCUGAAGAAGCAAAGUAGCAGCAGCACAACCAGCCAAGGUGGUGUCAAACGCUCACUAUCAGAGCAGCCUGUCAUGGACACAGCCACAGCAACAGAGCAGGCAAAGCAGCUGGUGAAGUCAGGAGCCAUCAGUGCCAUCAAGGCUGAGACCAAGAACUCAGGCUUCAAGCGUUCUCGAACCCUUGAGGGGAAGUUAAAGGACCCCGAGAAGGGACCAGUCCCCACUUUCCAGCCGUUCCAGAGGAGCAUAUCUGCUGAUGAUGACCUCCAAGAGUCAUCCAGACGUCCCCAGAGGAAAUCUCUGUAUGAGAGCUUUGUGUCUUCUAGUGAUCGACUUCGAGAACUAGGGCCAGAUGGAGAAGAGGCAGAGGGCCCAGGGGCUGGUGAUGGUCCCCCUCGAAGCUUUGACUGGGGCUAUGAAGAACGCAGUGGUGCCCGCUCCUCAGCCUCCCCUCCCCGAAGCCGCAGCCGGGACCGCAGCCAUGAGAGGAACCGGGACAGAGACCGAGAUCGGGAGCGGGAUCGAGACCGGGAUCGAGACCGAGACCGAGAGGGUCCUUUCCGCAGGUCGGAUUCUUUCCCUGAACGGCGAGCCCCUAGGAAAGGGAAUACUCUCUAUGUAUACGGAGAAGACAUGACACCCACCCUCCUCCGUGGGGCCUUCUCUCCUUUUGGAAACAUCAUUGACCUCUCCAUGGACCCACCCAGAAACUGUGCCUUCGUCACCUAUGAAAAGAUGGAGUCAGCAGAUCAGGCCGUUGCUGAGCUCAACGGGACCCAGGUGGAGUCUGUACAGCUCAAAGUCAACAUAGCCCGAAAACAGCCCAUGUUGGAUGCCGCUACUGGCAAGUCUGUCUGGGGCUCCCUCGCUGUCCAGAACAGCCCUAAGGGUUGCCACCGGGACAAGAGGACCCAGAUUGUCUACAGUGAUGACGUCUACAAGGAAAACCUUGUGGAUGGCUUCUAGGGAACAGAGCUGGAUUCCUUGUGCCUCAUAUGCCCCAAUGCUGGUCUCAGUAAAACACUGAGGUGGAAGCUUACACAUCUCCCUCAGCCUCUGGUUUUUCAGCACUUGGGAUUGGGGUUAAGCCUUUAAAAACGGCUGUCAGGUUUGAUCUCAGUGUAACAACAUGGCCAGUGCACGUUCCCCACUCCCUUGCCCCAGAAGGAUCUGGAAC